UGGCAAGUGAGGAUCAAGGACUAUCACAGCUACAUGCUGCAGCUCAGUAAGGAUCUAUCAGAGGAAUACGAGCGACUGGUAAAUCCAGAGAAAGCUCUUGAGGACUCCAAGUCCCCGAAGAUCAAGGUGGAGGCCAUGAGUGACAUUCCCUUCCCUGUUAGUGAGGAGCCUGAGGCUGACUUGGCCUCCGGGGACCAGGCUUUGCCAAUGGGGGUCCUCGGUGCCAAUGCUGAGAGGCUGGCUUCAGGGCUGGAUGGAGACCAUUCUCCUCAUACCUCAGGUGGAGGUGUGGCAAACAACUCCCCUCUGUGGCCUCAGGUAAAAGUGGAGCCACAGGACGGCGAGGAAGGCCAAGCUUCGGCUCACCAUCAUCAUCACCACCACCAUCACCACCACCACGGGGUCCUGGGCGGAGAUGUGUUUGAGGACGGUGGGCCCAUGUCCACCAUGAGUGAGUCAGGAGGAGUAAUGGGGCCCUCACCCGGAGGGGUGGGAUCUGAUGGAAGCUAUGCUUCCCAUUCGCCCGACUCCAUGAUGGUUGACGAUUUUGACCAGAGACCCAAGAAACGGACAAAGAAGAUGUGAGGCUGUUUUGGCAGAGAAAUUGACUCUGAGCCAAAGUGCUGAAACACACCAGCGUUAAUCUGACAAGAGUGCUGAACUCAUGGUGGAAGGCGGGGCUUUUGUAGUUCUUUGUUUUUACUAAAUAUAUUAAUGGAGUUAAUCACCAAAAGAAUAAACAUCUUCUGGGGAACCAGCUGCACUAA